AUGGUUCCAUUCCCGGGACUCAAUGGCUCCGCAUGGGGACAAGAGGACUGUCUGUUUCUAAACGUGUGGGUGCCUGAGGGUGUCCGUCCCGGGGAUAAUGUCCCGGUUAUUCAUUGGUUGCAUGGCAGUGCAUAUGCAUUUGGCAGUAAGGAUCUUCUUAUAAACGCAAUGGGAUUGAUGGAUCUCAUUCAGAAGCCGGAGGAUCGCUUUAUCUUCGUGGCUAGUAAUUACAGACUGGGUCUAUACGGAUGGGCAUCAUCCCCAUACGCAGAUAUGGAUGCCAAUGUUGGUCUCCAUGAUGGUGUUGCUGCGUUGCAAUGGACCAAGGACUACAUCUCUCAUUUUGGCGGGGAUACAAAUAAUAUUACUGCAAUCGGCGAGAGUGCAGGAGGUGCAAUGAUUGCACUAAUGCUCGUGGCGAACGGGGGGAAUGGGACCCUUCCCUUCCAGAAGGCAUUCAUAUCAUCGCCCGCUAUUCUGCCUAGAAGAAACGUAUCAGCGCGCCGCGAGGAGGUAUAUAAUCACAUCCUACAAGCUGCAAAUUGUUCGUCCCUCGAAUGUCUUCGCAAUGCCCCAUCGUCCCUCUUAUUUGAUGUUAAUAAACGGCUGCUCAUCGACACUUACGGUGGCGGCGGCGGUGGCACUUUUGGCCCGGGGGUUGGUUUUGGCCCACUCCCAGAUGGGAAAUACAUCCCUGAUGCUAUGACCGUCCUGUUCAACCAGGGCCGUUAUAACAAAGACAUCAAAGCUGUAGUAUCUGGCAAUAUGGCAGCAGAAGGAUUUGCCACAACACCAGACAUUGGCACGCCUGAAGAACUUAACUCGCUGAUCCGCAAGGUUCUGCCAGAAGGCAGCAAUACUACUGUCCAGCGCAUUAGGGACAUGUAUCCCUACCCAAAUUCGCAGGCACAGAACAUCGCCCAGGACUGGACAACAGAUAGUGUGUGGGCUUGUAAUUCCCAGGCUAUUGCGAAUGCAUACGCGAACAAGACCCAGCGAUAUGUCUUUUCUGUGCCUCCAUCAUCGCAUGGAUUGGACGUAAACUAUAUGUUUUUCAAAGACAAUACUUCAUCCCCGGUCUCGAGUGUUUCCCUUGCAAGACUGUUUCAAUCGGAAAUACUUAAGUUCUCAAAGGAGGAUAUUACAAUGAGAAACACUACGACCUGGCCUUUGUAUUCCACCAGAUCGAGGUCUGCCAACAUCACACUCACCGGAUUAGAGACAAGUGUUGAUCCUUGGGCUACAAAGCCAAACUGCGAGAUUAUUAUGGAGGCUAUUAUGGAUGAGAGGAAUGGAGCUUGA